UCGUCAGAAAUGUCUCCAACAAAUGUAAUCACCGCCACUGCCAACAUCAAAAAAUCAACUGCAACUUCAUCAAUAUCGACGUUGGCAAUUGCAGCAGGUGCAAACAAUGACAUUACUUUAUCUUUUAAACAACAUCCCACAUCACAAAAAGUUCAUCAAUCAUUACCAUCAACAUUAUUACCAAUAAAUAAUAAUAAUAUUGUUAGUAUUAACA